AUUCCCCUUUGAAACCCUUUAGGCUUCAAAUGUGUCCCUUGGAUGACGCGCGAAUCCGCUACUUCUUAUUGCAGUUGAAUCUGUUGCCAACGCCGUUCAAAUCGAGUGUCGGCUGAUCUGGAAUUUCACGUGCGACAUUUUCAUCCAUUUUUUUUUUCGUUCGCAUUGUGUAUUGAUUUGUAAAGCACCAGCGGCAUCGCCGUCUUUGCAAUUUGUCCAGACCAGCAUUUCAGACCCCUAGCCACUCGAUCCUGUUUGACCAGUGAGUGAAGCGCAAGUCUGGAGGUCAAAUUCUUUUCUUUUUUUAUUGCAAUUCUCUAUCGAGAGAAAAAAAAACCGUUAGAAGAUUAUUGCCUCAGGUGCAUGAGCGCUUGUGCAUAUAUCCGAGUGCGUGUGUCCCCCGCAUAACGUGCGCGUUGACGAUCGCUCGUCGCUUGGCAUUGAGAGAUCAAGGAUUUUUGCCCGUCGAGCCGCGCGGCCUAGACACUGGAAAACCACUGGCUCGCCAGAAUUGGAUGGAAGUUGAAAAAUGUGGAACUUGACGAAUCGACCGAGGGCUGGAGACCCACAUUGCUGGACAAAUCGCACAAACAUUGAGACGUACAAAGAAAUGGGCAGUCCUUUGAUUAUUAUGCCCGACAAGUUGAAUCAAGAGUCUCAAAUUAGCGUACUACGUGCCCGAGCAGUGAUCCCUACUGUGAACAUUAGUAGUGCACCUAAACCACCUAAAAAACGUUUUCUGGAGGCUGCUGCAGCCCACCAACUAGAAGAACAACAGAAACGGGAGAAGGAGCUGCAAGAUAAGAGUAAGGCCAACGCUGAGGAUAAUUCAGCCCUGAUGCAACUGGCCGAGAUGUGUGUUUACUAUCAGGCAAGCGACACAAGCCAUCCUUCGGGAUCGUGGUCACCCGUGACGGGCGAAUGGGAUUGCGUUAAUCAUCGCGUGAUGGCUGCCGAAAAGCCUGUCGAGCCGACCGUUUACUCUAUCAGUAUGAACAGCACAGUUCAAAGGGAAGCCAGCCCAAAAGCAGGAACUCCAUUCUGGAAUGGAUGGGCUAACCGGUCGCUUCUGCAGCCGGAGCAAAGUCUUGGCGGUCGUGAGGAAGAAGAUGAAAAUGAGGAGCCAUUAGACUUAAGUGGCGAAGAGACUAUCCGAACUAACCAACAGGAACUGAUUGAUCAUUUGGUAGAAAAAUUAUGUGCGCGGCCUGUUUUCGGCAAGUUCUCCUCGUUGGUUCAAAAGAAAUUAUCAUUAUUAGAGCCUUCCCCGAGUUUAGAGACUAGCACUGUCCAGAAUUCGUCGAGCGAAGUCAGCAGCUCAAUCGAUUUGAAAGACUCGGUCACGGUCGCCGCCAAAGAUGUGAAUAGGAGAGAUCUGCCUUUGAAAAAACGUGAUCCUUCUAGCCUUCAGGAGAGCUACGAUCAACGAGGAGAUUACUGUGAUAGCAGUACGGCAACGAAAUUGGAAUCCUCGUUAAAAGAGACGGUUUCUUCAACGAAUAGUAGUAAGAAACCCGCCCCCAGAUCGUGCAAAGGAAAACGCUACUUGGAGUUCAUGUACGAAGGUCGCAUCACGCUGAGCGGCCGAGGAUUGAAACGCGCCGAAUCAAGUGAACAACAGACUGAUGAUCAGACCUGUGACCAGUCUUCCAUCGGCAGUAAGAACAAUAAAAGGCAACGUCAAGUCAGGCAGACGGAAGCAGGGACCGGCAAGACGACAACUUUCUCUCUGCGCGGACGCAACGCCAAUAAGUUGCGCAAACUCAGCUGAGACCAAAUUCACAUUCUUCGCUGUAUACCUCGCUGCCUAUGUACAUAUAGCUUUGAAGAGAGAAAAAUCCAUAUUGCUGUGCGUUUAGUCUGGACUUGGGCAUGGACGCUUAUCAUUUUCAAAACACAUUUCACUAUUGCUCUAAACCACGCGAGUGCCAAUUCUAUAUUUAUUUAUCGUCGCCGUAUUCGCAGAUACAUGACCACUACCUUUCUUUCUUUUCUCAUCGAAUAUGCUAGUAGGAGUCGGAAGUGGUUGUCUAUCUAGUCAAGUUUCAUUUCACAGUUACUCGAUCAAAUCAUUCAGGCUGCUUGUUUAAUACGUCCUUUCUUCUUUUUCUUUAAUUUCGUCCAUAUCUUCGAGUUGUCGUAAAUCAUGAAGAGUGCGAUCGCAGUCAUAUUGUUGCUAUGUAACUGUGUUACAACUUGAACACCGAACUCUGCGACGGUAAAACAAUCAAAUCUAUAAUCGUCACUAUUAGUACACAUAAUUAACAAUAAUAAUUUUUCUUUUAUUAGCGAUUGUACAGAAAUCCUGUUUGGUAAUAUAAUUUAGCACUUUUCUUUCAUUUAUUUGCAUAUUUUUCUUACAUGUAAACGAAUACCAUCUUGUAAGAAAUACAAUAGUACACCGAAUGAAGAA